UAAUAUGAACUAUCACAUGAGGAACAGUGAGACACGAUGUGGAUUACUCUUCUUCUCAUCACACUUGUGGGGCUCUCUACAACUCAAGCUGCUGACAUUUGUGAACAUGUCCUCAACGACUGUCAUCAAAACAAUCCCCAAUGGACCAGGUGUUUUGAGGACAGAGUUAGAGCCUGUACAGUAAGAAACCGUUUUACAUCAGGCUUCAUGCAUUUGAAGGUGCCCUCGUCUCAGGAGGCUGAAGCGAGUCCUACUUCGAAUCACAGGGUAAACAUCCCGUCCUCAGCUCUCAAGAAAAGCAGAGGAUAUGCAUCUGAGGAGGAGGUACUACUGGUGGUCACAGUCAUCAACAGCACUUACUUUAAGAGAAAAAGAGGGAGAACAGCACUCAUACCCAGCGAGCCUGAAUACAGCAAACACACUGUUUUGGGAGGGUUAGUCCUAGCAGUCAUGGCAGGGAACCAUCCUGUCAGCAACCUCACACAACACAUCAAACUAACCUUCAAACACACCAAACAGGUGGAUAACGGGAUUUGUGUGUUUUGGCAGGAGUUAGAUUACAGAACAGGUCAUUGGAGCAGAGAUGGCUGUGAUACCAGCCACAGUGGAUCUGAGUUUAUUUGCAGCUGUGACCACCUCAGUUUCUUUGCUGUGCUCGUGAACCCUGAAUUAUCAGUAGAUAAAACUAAUUCCGACAAUCUUAGCUAUAUCACCUACAUUGGAUCAGCACUCUCCGUCUUCUUCACAGUCAUCAGCUUGAUCAUCUAUAUAUGCCUACAACGGCGGCGUCCAGAGAAGGCCAUCGCUUUGCAUAUGCAACUAACAGGGGCGCUGUUCUGCCUCCACCUCAGCUUCCUGCUGUGCAGCUUCUGGGUGUCGCUGCUGAAGGAAAAUGAGGAGAGCUUGGUUUGUAAGUUACUGGGUUUCUUGUUGCACUGGUCUCUGCUGGCCACCCUCACCUGGACGGCAUUAGAGGGAUUCCACCUCUACCUUCUCCUUGUCCGAGUCUUCAACAUCUAUGUGAGGAGAUACCUGCUCAAACUCGGCUUGGUGGGAUGGGGUCUUCCUACACUGGUUGCAGUGGUUUGUGGGAUUUCGGGUGUUUAUGGUAAAUACACUCUACAACUGAAGGAUGACAAAAACAGAAGUUCAACAACGCAGAUAUGCUGGAUGAGCAGCCAGUUCCCACAUCGGCUUGUAGUCAGCUACAUCACUACUUUGGCCUUUCCAUGCCUGGUGAUACUGUAUAAUUCCUGCAUGCUGGGGGUGGUGGUGUUUAAGCUUUGGGGAGUAAGAAGAAGUAGUGGAGGUACUCAAAGCAGCAGUGACUGGAAGAAGAUGAACAAAGAGAACAGGAGCAGGUUAUGGAAGGACUGUGCCACAGUGCUGGGCCUCAGCUGUGUGUUGGGAUUACCUUGGGGGUUGGAGACCACCACCUUCACCUCUCUCCCUGCAAUCUAUGUAUUCACUAUACUAAACUCCCUGCAGGGUUUAUUUAUGUUCCUGUGGUCCGUGGCUUUGUCCUGCAAGUCUCGAUCUGAAAAUAACUCCUCAAUCAGAGACCUUUCCUCUCAGAAAAUGAUGACGACCAGUUUUAAUAAUUGAUAUUUACAGCUAAAACAAACAUAUUAUCCAUUGCCUAUAUUAGGUGUUUAUUGACCUUUGGACUCCAGUCAUAUUCAGUAUUCAGUUAACUAACAAUAACUUAAUUUGUUGAUAUCUAGCUGUUAAAUAGAAAAUAAUGAAGCAUGAGCAAUCUAGUUAUUUAUUGUUGCUACAAUUAUGAUCCUUAUGGUUACAAUUAUAUCAGAUAUGAAGAUGUAAAUGUUGUUAAUGAUUUCCUGGUGAAUCGAUUAAUAAAGAAUCUCUUAUUCUUUUCUGCAAAAGUGAUCAUUACAACACAUUUCAGGAUCAGAAAGACAUCUGUAUUUAAAGCAGUGACUAUAAAACAGCUUCUAUGUUUAAAACAUAUUUUCUUACACUUGAGAAUCACCCUCAAAAACCUUGCUGUGGCCCUAAAGUGCAAAACACAACCUUUCAUAAAACAAAUGGUCAAAAUGGAAACAGUGUGGAGGAAAACAAGUUAUAGUGCCAAAGGUCACCAAAGUUGAACAUGAAUGCUGACCACUGUGAAACCAUUUCAAUGAACUGAUUUUGCUGUUGAAAAUGCUGGUGUGACCAGGACUUUUAAUUUGGAAAGAGCUGUUAUCUGUUUCUUUUCAAUCUCCAACAAGAGGGGCCCCCCAUGACCCUUUGGCCAGUGGCCCUGUGUCUAGUAAUCCAUGUUUGUUUACAGGAGCAAACAUGGUGUUCGACUCAGCCUUGGUUAAUUUGUUUGAUAAAAAAUGACUGGUUCAUUUUGUUAAUUUUUUGUGUCUGGGCUUUUGCUUUUGUCACUUUGUUAAGUGAUAUGUGGAGUCUGUCGUUAGUGUUGUAAAUGCUGCUUUGCACUUUAGGGAGACCGUUUAACCUGUUCUGCCAGCAUGGUAGUUGAAACCAUCAGAUUCAAGACAUACCUCAGAAACAAACGUUUUUUGUUAGUUUUUUGUGGGUUUUGUUUGUUUGUAUCUGUGUUUGUUUUUUACA